UCAAGUGGAGAUGCAGGGGCCCUGCCUUGCCCUGUGCUGGGCACCAGUAGCAGUGCAUGGUGCCCCCUGACCUGCCCUGUCCAGCCCAGCAGGGCUAGCCUGAUCCUGAGGGGAGGGCAGGGGUUAAGGGGGCAUCAUGGAGCCUAAAGUCAGGGCAGCCUCUAGCUUGGGGUGUCUGGGCCUCUGGGUGCUGGAGGCUGUAGGGAAGAGGGGCAAGGAAAGGAUCUAGCUGGACAGGCCCAGCCUUGAUGCUCUUCCCUUCUGUUUCUGGGAAAGACGGGCCUAAACCCCCAAUGGAUCAGCCUGGCAGGAGUUACAGGCCCCGCUUGAUGGGUAGCUUGGCCAGUGAUUUGGCUUGUAGACCUAAGGGACUGGAGGCUGCAGGUGGGAGAGGAACAGUAGGGGAAAAAAGGGUCAAACCCAAUUAACUUUCGCUUUUAGCUUCUGCUGUCUGACCCUGUGUGACACGGGACUGGAUAGGAUGGGCCUAGGGCAGGGGUGGGCAAAAUGCGGCCUGGGGACCAGAUGCAGCCCGCCAGGCCAUUCUACCCGGCCCACAGGGCCCCUAAAAAAUUUCGAAAAUUACUAUUGAUCUGCCCUGGGCUGCCUGUCAUGCAGCCCUUGAUGGCUUGCCAAAACUCAGUAAGUGGCCCUCUGCCCAAAAUAAUUGCCCACCCCUGGCCUAAGGUCUAACCCAGCAGUUGUCCGUUCUUAUAUUCUUACGUUCUUAAUAUUGCUUCUCUUAUGUUCCAGUUUUGCUCCCAAAGAGCACCUUGCUGUGCUGGCAGCCAGCCCCCCCACAGGGUCCCUGUGCUGGGCACUGCCAGAUGCACACAGCACCCUGCUUUUCUCUGUUCUGUGUGCUGCUGCCCCCUUCCAAUGCCUCAUCAUCUCCUGCACCAAGGGGUGCUGACUCCAUGCUGCUCCUCUUGCUGUCUCACCAUGGUUCAAGCCCCACCCCCUCUCCCUCCCUCCUGCAUCAGCCACACAUAGCAUCCUGCUCGCUGUCUGGCCCACUAACCCCUUCCAUUGCCCUCCCUUGUGUCAGGGUCUGUCAGUGCCCAUCUCCCCAUCCUGAGCACAUCACUGAAACUCUCCUGCCUUCUAGGCUGGCUCCUGAUGCCCGGAUGAACCCACACUGCAGCUUCCUGGGCACAGGAAACUAUGAUGUCAAUGUCAUCAUGGCAGCACUCCACAGCCUGGAUUUUGCUGCUGUCUGGUGGGACAAGCGCAGGUCCCUGGAACAGCUGGUGCUGAGCCAAAUUCUGGGCUUCAUCAUUAAUGUCCCAUCCAAUGUGUCCCUGGGUUUCAUGUCACUACCUCUGCGCCGUAAGCACUGGAUUGCUGUACGCCAGGUGAACGGCACCUACUACAACCUGGACUCCAAGCUGAAGGCCCCGGCCUGUAUCGGUGGGGAGGGUGAGCUCAGGGCCUUCCUACAGGAUGUUGUGUCCCAGAGCCCUUGUGAGGUCCUGCUGGUUGUGCCGCGGGCUGUGGAGGAGGCUGGCAGCUGGCUGAGCCCAGAGUGACCAGCACGGAUGGGUGCAAAGGACCUGAUUUUCUGUGGGUGUCCCAGUCCUGGGGCCUGGAGCUGCAUGUGGGGCUGGACUUGUCCCACCCCUGGAGCAGGCACCUGAUGCCACCUCCCUUCCAAAGCUGCCAGUGCCCCUGCCUUGGCCCAGAUGCCUGAGGGGCUAAAUGGCUGCAGGGUUCUUGCUCUCACUGUGCUGUGCACCAGAAGUCCUCAACCCCCCUGCCCUGGGGCGGGAGGGGUGCAGUGGGGUCCAGACUCUUCUUGUCUUCCCUGGUGCCUGUGGGAUGACCUGACCCAUCUCUGCCACAAGUGCUUGUCAGGUUUAGAAUAAACGAUGCAAUACUGAA